UGAAAAUAUCGUUAAUCCAAGCAUUAUUAUUUCUGAUGACGAAAAUCCAAAAUUAAAUGGAUUUUCAAACACACUAAAUAACAACAACAUGUUGCAAUCAGAAAAACGUCGACGAAAAGAUAGAUUUGUUGAUUAUUCUGAAGUUAAUAGAAAUGGAGUGAGCAUUACUUUAAUAGAAAAUAAUUUGGGAAGUUUGCCUACAACAAGGUAGUGUAUGUUUUAAUAGAGCACAGCUUGAUGUUCAGAAUUAAAUCUGAACAUUUAAACAUAUUAUUAUAAAUAAUCAGAAUGAAAUUCGAACAAUUUGAACAACAGGACCAAUAAAAACAUCAGAAUUAAAUCUGAACAUGUUGAAAAAAAUCAGAAUUUAAGUCUAAAUAAAUAAGAACAAAUGUUUUUAUUUUCCCACAGACUAAACAUUUUAUUUCAUUGUACAACCGGAAGUUGUGAACUUUCCCCUUCUCUUCUUUUGCCUUUUUUCAAUCGAGAAGUGUCGCUUAAAUCAGAAUGCCGCCUUAUUUUAUUUCUUUCAAUCCCUCUAGCUAUAGCCAAUUAUUUAAUUGUUUAUCAGAAUGUUCCUCAAAAAGUCCAACCUGUUGUUUUUGGACAAAUUCUUGUUUGUCUUGGAAUUUUAUUAUUUAUUUGUGCUCUAGAAUCACUUUGCAGAACAGCAAAUUUAUUAUUAACAAUUUCUGCAUUUAUUGUUUCAAUGUUUUUACCGAUAGGCCAACAUGUUGCUUUUAAAUUUAAAAAUUGUAUUUAG